AUGGGUCAAAAUCAUGCCGGUGAACCAGGAUCAGACGCGCAUGAUCAGACGAAUGGUAUCACAUUCAGUCAAUCAGGAAACUCCGUCGGUCUACAAAAUGGAUCACUACGUACCAAUGGAGUUCAGCAUCCUGAUCGUCACCGAAACGAUGAGUUUACCAAGAUGAUGCUGCCCGCAACGGAUGACCCGCCUAAAUUGCAGCACAUCGUUCAAGGCUUUUUUCCUCUGUCGAAAUUACUCAAUCGGUCAACGCAACAGUGCUGGAAUGAUCUCGCAGAAUUAGUCGCAGAGCUCUCGGAGAUCCAAAUCCCAUCCCAUGAUUUCAACACCUCGCCAAUAUCCACCACUGGCAAGGUGCUCGGAAAUCAAUCUCCAGAAAACCUGCGAAAAAAGCUUCGCGUCCUGGAGUUUGCCCAAGCGAAGCGAGGGGAGUUCAUCAAACUCCUCGUACUCUCACAAUGGAGCAGACAAGCUGCAGAUGUAAGCAGGUUGGUUGAUAUUCAGAACUUCAUUCGUACGCAGCACCAGGCCUAUGGGGGAGCCUUGCAAUGCCUGGGCGAUAUGAAGAGGGACCUUGUUCGGGCACAGGUGGCGAAUCCAGACCUAACCACUGCUUUGGAGGUAUUGUCCAAGGAGGAGGUCAUUUCCAUGCCAGAUCUUGGGUAUAGACCUCCGAAACCCCUGACACCGAAAUCCACCCUGAGAAAGCUGCGUAAAAUCAACAGAAUCAUCAGCAUGAGAUUGUCGUUACAUGACAAGAUCCCUUAUGCCUUCCAAAAGUACCGAGUUCAUGAUGGCCGCGUGACAUUCAUUGUACCCGGAGAGUUUGAACUUGAUUUAUCCAUUGGAGAAGAGGAUGCUGAAUCUCAAUUCUUCUUCGUUGACAUCCGCUUUCUUUUCAACCCCUCACCCUCGGUUCCAGCAGGUCGAAUUUUUAGUGAACUUGAUAUCAAGAUCAAUGAUAUUCUUCGAAGUGGCGGAUUACCCGAAUGUUUCGAUUGGCUGCACAAUCUCACGCUAACGAACAAAAUAAGCAUACUCACUAGGCAGGCUUCUGAGAUGAGCAGAAGUAUUUGGUCCAAUGGCUUGCGCAUUGAAUUGUUACACAGGACUUUGGUUUUACAGUACUGGGCAUCGAAACCUGGCACAAAAAGUUGGCUUGAGAUUGGUAUACGACGAGGCGCUCGGAAAACCCCUGUCGGUGAGCCGUCUUCGCCGUCAUUGGGCUUGCGCUGGAUGAGGGAUGGACAGGAAGUGGGUUCAGACAAUAUCGAGUUUGAUACGGAUAACCUUUCUGUGGAUCGCCUUCUUCGAAGUGCCAUUGCUUUGCACAUUUCCUACACACUGUCUUCUGUUUUCAGCAGGAUUCGCGAAAAGCUUCUUUAUUCAAAUGGUUCAUUGUCAUUACGCGCUCACCUUACCAGCGUCGAACCCAGCGAGUGCGAACUUGAUGUUCAACUGACGGCAUCCCGUCGACUCCGAGUUGCGAUCGAGCCUUUGUCUGGAGUUGUAGUCUUAGCAGCUACACCAAAUACCCUCGAACGAAUUGACACUGAUCGCAAUGUGGAUCGACCGAUGAUUGACGAUAUAGUAUCUCGCGUCGGACGACUUCGCUGUGCUGCUGCGAUAGAACAGGUAGAAUCCCAGAUGAAGAUGCUUGGAUUCAGCUCGAUAAGCCCAAGGAAUCUAGGGAUCGACGCUCGAAGCGUAUUUCCCGCCAAUGUUUUAAGAUUCUCCUUUUUCGGGCAUCGUCUUUGGGAGCGUACCUGGUUACUUGCCGCAACGAGUAGUAUGGAUGGCGAUAACUGGUGGAUCAUUCAGACUCAACCAGCGGAUUCUACAACGACCGAUCGUACCUUCGAUACAUUGACUCAUGCCAGCACUGCUGUUUGCUCGGCACAGGUUAUUUGCAACAUGCUACUACCCGCACAGCAGACAGGCUACUCGUCACUUGCCGAUCUGGGCCAUUGCUUGACAGGGUUCUUGGCCAUAUAUGCGAAUGCGCGCUUCUUGGAAGAUUUGCAGUAUAUCAAGACCUGGCCGCCUCUGGAGCAUCUCAAGAUUGGACCUGGCCUUCAAAUCCCAGACCUCAACAUCGAGUACGAGGCAACGAGGCUUCCGGAGACCCUGCGAAUAGCUUUACCCGCGGGCGUAAAAAUGAAAGCAUUCAUUAAAAAGACAGUUCGCCUGGCCUUUCAUGGAGUGGAUCAACACAGAAACGUCGCUAUAAUGGUUGCGUACGGCAACAUGUAUAGUUCUUUUCCCGCCUUGAGUGAUUUAAUUCCAGAAGACGACCGUUCGCUCGUCCUUCAAAAAACAGGAACCAGUUUUGCACUUCGUCUGGUUGCCUCCCCUGGCUAUCCCGUCGUUGCUACCCUCUUUGAAAAUCUCCAAAGACUCGAAAGUGUGUUAUCGAUAUACGAGGUCCUUCGACGAAAGAAGCUAAAUACAUGUUCUCUAUCAUUGUCCCAUCUGGGCUUCGUCUACGGGCCCGGCAGAGAUCUAUUUGCACAAUUCGAUAUCAAAACUCAGGUUCAAUCUACUACGAAAGCAGAUGCUCUGAAGCUCGUGCUUGGAACGGGACCUUUAUUCUAUCUCUAUCUGGGCAUAAGUUUUGGUCACUCGAAUCCCCAUCGCAGGAUACAAGGAUCUUUGGCAUCCAACCUGAACCGGCCUACAGCCGACGCUGGUCUGGACACUUUCACAGAACUAUUAUCAUUUACGCUUCCCGUGAUGCGAGCCUUCGACCAGCUCAUGGCGACUACCUCUCAUACUGAGUCAUUAAAAGUGCAUGUUACUGUGCGUCACGCAACGUCUUACCAGAUCCACUACCCUCUCGAGGGAUGUCGGUUCCUAUUAGGGGUUCGCCAGCAUCAAAACCAACCCGUCUGGGUUCUCAAGGACGUGCCUAGUUCCCAGGAAGGGCCUGGCGAACUUGAGUUUAAACGAAAACUUUUGAGAAGUCUAUAUGACUCCAAAGGCACUGGCUGGAGAGGACUCGGCAGCGGGAUCAUUGCAGAGCCUGAUCAUGUCGGAAAUUUAUUGGCUGAACUGGACAAAUUCAUGAUCUCGAUCAGAGCUGAUGUGACUUCAAAACCUCCGGAUAGUAAACCUCCCCGUGACAGCCCUGCCACCAACGAUCAGCCGCCAGCCAUUGGACUUGCUAAGGCAGCAGCAACUCCUGAUACGCGCGAGGGUUUAACUAUUAGAUCUUCACAGCAGAGACCAGACCCUGCUCCACAACCCACGGAUGUGAUCAUGAUCGAUUAA